AUGGAGCCCAAAACAAAGUACAUGACCUACAGCAAGACUGCACUCGGUAAAGCCGUGGACAUGGCACGAAGAGGUACAUCAGUUCGGAAAUCUGCUGCCUCGUUUGGUAUUCCGGAGGCCACCUACGGUCUGAAGCCAAAUGUUGUAUUUCAACAAGAUGGGGCUCCAUGCCACACCUCGAACCGAACUCAGAAUUGGUUGCAGGAACAUCGGGCGAAGGAUAUGUGGCCGCCAUCCAGCCCCGAUCUUAAUCCGCUGGAUUACUCAAUCUGGUUUCAACCCGGAAAGGUCAUGGGAGCAGUCUCGGUUUCGGUGUCAAACGACGACGACGACGACGACGACGACGGUGCAAACGGAUUAGAUCUAAACGAUGUAUCACACUCACCCCAUGUGUUACGAUCAGAUAAAGCGAAAAAACCAGCAGGCAUGAUCCGAUACGGAUCGUAUGCAACAGCAAAAUCCGACGGUAGUUUGCGCGUCCGCAGCAGCAGUAUACUCAAACGGCCACCGCCGCCGCUCAUCUCCGCACCGCACCUGUUAGCGUUAAGGCACAAAACGAAAGACUUAUUGUUCUCCAUCACCAACAACAAUGCCAGUAAACCGCCCCACUCGCCAUUCACAGCCAGUCAACUGUUCUCGUCGCUCUGCGGCAGCACCAUCCUCAACAACAACAACAACAAUAGCGAAGACGAAGACGUCGCCGCUGCCGUCGCCCUAGCCAAUAACAACAACAACACCCUUAGCAUUAACAACAAUAACAACUACCUUAGCGAUGAGUCGAAAACAAGUACCUUUCGUGAAACGUAUCCUAUGUACAACUAUUGUGUUCAGCAGAGUCCUACGCAACUGUUUCCGCCCUUUGGCCCCGGUGCCUUCAGCCAUCACCCGCACCAUUCCCACCCACAUCAUCCCCAUGCGGACAUAGCUCGCCAUUCACCGCCACUUUCCUUCCUGGAUCUCCAACAGCAGCAGCACCACCACCACCAUCACCAUCAUCAACAGGUGGGAUCUCCUCAGUCGUCCCCGCUGCAACCAGUGCCAGUACUAAGUUCCAAGCUGAUGCCACCGAUUCCGUUGGCGGCAUCUAUAGCAAGUCUCGCAUCAAGCCUGCCCAAAAACCACCCGCUGAGCGAGUCCGCCACGGCAGCCGCAGCCUUUCAUCGGUUAUUACAACCUUCCCCCUCGGCAUCGGGAAUCGUGGCCAGUUCGGCAGCGGCAGCCGCCGCAGUGGCCGCCGGUCGUGCCCUUCUGGAAGCUCGACAUCACAGCACCAGUCCCGAUAGGCUCAAAUCGGAACGGACAGAUUUUUCACUGUCUCCACGACCGCCACCCGAUCUAAGCGGGAGUGGCGGCGGGGGUAGCGGCGGUGGUGUUGGUGAGCCAGGCAAAAGUGGGACGACCAAAAAUCGGAAGAUCCACCGAUGCGAUGCAACGGGGUGCGAUAAAGUGUACACUAAAAGUUCCCACCUGAAGGCGCAUAAGCGCACGCAUACAGGUGAAAAGCCAUACAUCUGCACCUGGGAGGGCUGCGUGUGGCGGUUCGCUCGGUCCGACGAGCUGACGCGGCACUACCGGAAGCACACCGGUCUCAAGCCGUUCCGCUGCAAGCUGUGCACACGUUCCUUUAGCCGUUCGGAUCACCUGUCGCUCCACAUGAAGCGGCACUGAGAGACACGAAGCGCGCGCAACAGAGUCGAUAUUACUUACACACUUCACUAUUAGAGCUGUAUCUACUAUGUAAUAGAAGAAACCUACUUAUUAUGUAACGCGAAGCAAUACUCUGAAAGUUGAAUGGAACUUCAUUUUAUACAAUUUAAUCUACUUGAUGACAGGUAGAACUUUUGAAUCUCAUUGCAUUAAUUCCGUGUUUAAGUU